AAUUACAUAUUACGGGAAAUUCCACGUUGGUGUUGAAUUUUCUCUGUGAUUUCAUGUUUUGUAACCUACGUGGUUGAUUGGUUGGUUGGUUGUUGAAUGGCCUUUGACAGGGCCGUGAAGGGAUUUCCAACCUGCGAUUCUGAUUGUUCCAUUGAUUCAUGUCUCCCGCGUUUUAUAUGUUUCUGAAAUCUUGCUUUAUCCAAGACAAGGGCAAGUGGUUUUUUGCUACUUUUUCAUCGUUUUAGAUCUAAGUGGGAUUAAUGUUUUCUUAAGCAAUUAAUCCGUCAAAAUUGAUGGGGGAGAAGUUAGAACAGUUCGGUUCAAUUUGUUAGGGAUGGGUUUUUGAUCUGUGGUGGUAUUUGAAAUUCCAGAACAAAUACAUGGAGCUUGCUGAUGCGGAGCCUGUUGCUAAUGGUGAAUUGGAUGAAAUGGAGAGGGAACCUUCAGCGCGCCUUCUUUUGCGGGAGGCUGGUCUAUCCCGUACACGUUUUCCGGGAAUGGUGAGGAAGAGAGCUUACAUAUUUGAUGGAAAUGGCGACUACUAUAACAAGGAAUGGGAUCUUACUGAGGGUAGAGGAAAGGAGUUUUGUUGGUAUCAUGUAGAACUUCCAAAAGGAAAUCAAAAACUGGCCCAAUCUGCUCAAUAUCUCAUUGAUGUUCUUUGCCCACCUUUGAAACUUCAAGAUAUUCUCUCCCUUGUAAGCAAUGGACCUUUUUGCGGACAUGUUGAUGGGGCUCUUGUCUUUAGAGUCAAUUCACCUGGUCCUGCAUCUAGUGAUUUUACAUUCAGAAUUGCUGCUAGAAUUACUGAAAAUUCUGUCAUCACCGUGUCUUUGGGCCGUGUUCCGAGAUUAGGAUUCUCACCGGUUGGUCAGUCUCUUCUCUCGGAGGUUCCUAGUGUGGAGACACCCUCUCACUUUAGAGGUGAGCAGAGGGAAAGUGGGGGCAUUGUGAUUAGGGAGCAUGUUCUUGAAUUCUUGUUGACAAUGAAUCACUCGGAGGAGGCUGAUAAUCCUGUGCCAGCAUCCCUCUCAAAUCUUGUUGUUCAUAUUAUUGAUACACAUAUGGAUCACCUUCAAGAUGUUGUGACUAAGCUUGAGAUCGAGUUGGAUUCUGUGGAGCUUGAAAUGGAUAAAGGUGGAUUCGCCUUAAAAAAACAAAUGCUUGAUGACCGAAGAUUUCCCAAAAUGAACCUUAAUUUGCAGCGGCUCCUGCAGGUGAUUGCACAUGGGGAACAAGUCUUUCCACGAGUGAGAGAAAAGUGUUCUUCUAAACAAUGGUUUGCCAGUGAAGACAUCAGCGCGCUUGAGGAACUAAUUGGACGAUUAAGACGGUUGAAAGAGAAUGUGGGAUUUAUAGCAAAUCGUGUCACUGCUAUUCAAGCUGGUCUUGAUAGCUGGCAAGCCGAGCAAAUUAACAGGAAACUCUAUUAUCUAUCAUUUCUUUCGAUCAUAUUCUUACCGUUAUCCGUCAUUACUGGAGUUUUUGGCAUGAAUGUUGGUGGAGUACCAUGGACCGAGCAGAGAAAUCCAGAAUUGAAAGAGGGAUUUCGCAAUGUUAUGUUUCUCUGCGUCGUAAUGCUACUACUGGUGCUGCUCUGCUUCAGUUUCCCUGCUCUUUAUACCUACCUAGCGACGUGGAACCGGCGUAGAAAGAUGAGAAAGAGCUGGUCUCUCAACAGAAAGUCUUUUCUGAAGAGAACUGUGAGAAAUGGAGUUGAAGACAGGGGAGGAGGCUAUCUUCGGAUUUGAUGAUAUGAUAUGCCAACCUUUUCAUGUGCUCGGUUUGUUCCAACUAUCAGACAAACACGCACUUCCACAAACCCAGCACCUUGGUCUUGAUCUCGAUCUUAGAUUUGUAAGUUAAACCCUUUAACUACCAACGCCUGUCAAAUUCCAAUUAGUCCAUAACUAAUGAGAUAUCGUACAUUCCUACUGUAUCAUCCUCCCUUAGCUUGGGAGACUUGAAAGAAUUUGAUUGCAGUUUGUGUCAGGUGAAUGAGGUUAGCCAGUUUUAACCUAACAGGUUUUCUUUUUCCUUCGUAUUCGUAAGCUUUUUACAUGUACAGUGUUUCUUUCAUUCUUUUCUUCUUCUUCUUCUUUUUGUCUCUUUCCUCAGAGAUUUGUAUUCACAUUGUUGUGCAUUGUUGAUUUUUGGCAGCAUCAAUGCUUUGAUCAGGCCCUCGUCCACCUAGAUUGCUGUACUUUUAACAUUUACCAAUGAUAUAUUGCAACUCUUAACAAUAUUUUUUU